AUGCUCGCCCUCCGCCAGAACCUCCGUCUCGCUGUGCGUCCUGCGCGCACUUUGAGUGCUGCACGCGGGUACGUGACCCGCCGCGAGGUCGCGGAGGAGAUCAAGGAGGACAAGGAGGGGUGGACUGAGAACACUGAGCGGGGCUCAGCGUUGGUCACGGUAACGACUGUCGCCCGUGGUGCCCGUGGUGCCCGUGCCCAACCUGGAUCCCAUCUCUCGCCGCCCAAUGCUAACGCACAGGACACCGAGUCCGAGGCCAACGUCACCGCCGACAACUCGGACGCCCCCGCCAAGCCUAACGAGAGGCUGGUCGAGGAGACGAUUGAGAAGAUCGACGGCAAGCACCACGGCGGAAAGGGCGAGCUGAGGGUGAGUCUGCGAGGGCGCGCGAGCAGCCGCCAGGCUGCGAGCGUGGAUGAGUCUCUGGAUUUUGCCUUGGGCCGAGCGAGCGACAUUAUCAAUUGCGAGCACUUUGUGCGAGCCCGAAGCCUGGGGCAGCUUCGGAUAGAGAUAGGGGACAGGACGACGGCGGCGAUGCCACAAGCCACCACCCCGCCUCCUUUCCACUCCCCACAGACCGCAUAG